UUAUGAAUAUAUGCCGAAUGGGAACUUGACCGAUAUGUCGAAGAGUAACAAGAAAAGCUUGUUGGAUUGGCCAACAAGGUACAAGAUUGCAAUUGAUGCUGCUGAGGGGCUUUCUUAUAUGCAUCAUGGUAUUGUGCCAUCCAUUGUUCAUCGGGAUGUAAAAUCGAGCAACAUAUUGCUCGACAGCGAGUUUGGAGCAAAAGUGGCUGAUUUUGGAGUUGCCAAAAUUGUUAAUGGAACUAGCCAAGGGGCAGAGUCCAUGUCUGUAAUUGCAGGCUCUUAUGGUUACAUCGCACCAGAAUAUGCAUAUACUCUUCGGUUGAACGAAAAGAGUGAUAUUUACAGCUUUGGUGUUGUCAUUUUGGAGUUAGUAACCGAAAGACCUCCUAAUCAUGCAGAUUAUGGGAAAAAUGAUCUGGUAAAAUGGGUCUCAUCCUUGUUGGAACAGAAAGGAAUGGAUCAUGUGAUUGAUCCUGCCCUUGAUUCAACAUACAGGGAGGAAAUCAGCAAGGUACUUAGUGUGAGGUUUCUCUGCACAAACGUUCUCCCUAUAAACCGCUCUGCAAUGUGGUGGGUGGUGAAAAUGCUUCGGGAAGCAGCAACGGUUCCCAGAUCCCGAAGCGUGAGGGAGGUAACACACUCCCCUUAUUUUUCUUAUCGUGAAAGAAGCAUAGUUCGAGAACUUGUAAAUAUUUUGCAUAGCUCCAUCGGAUGGAACCCUCCUAUGAAUGUCCCUACUCCCUACUCACUGUAGUCGCACAUCGACAGAUAAAAGAAAAGCAUAGUCAUUAUAACCUUCUCCCCGUGUCUCUUUGUUCGCCGAGUUGUGUAACGCCAGCUUGUGACCCAAGUGGGGGCAAUUAAGGUGAUGGAACAAGUGCUCUGGCCUGCUAGGUUGGGUUUGCAAGGGCUAAUUGUCGGCCUGCCCACUCCAAGUUGAGAGUUGGGCCCGGUAGUCUGGGCGAAGGCCCAAGGCCCCUCGGCCCCUAGAAUGGAGGGUAAUGCGCGAGGCUGGCUUAACAGAGCAGCGACCACUUCCUGCUCCCAACAGUGGAGGGAUCACAGGCCACUGUUCUUCUGGCCCAAUAUAGCCUGGUAGGCCUAGCAUCCUGGACCAUCAUUUU